CCUUCAUGACCUUGACUCUGUUUCCUAUCAGACUCUUUUUUGCUGCUUUUAUGAUGUUGCUGGCCUGGCCUUUUGCGUUCAUUGCUUCAAUGGGAUCUGACGAGCAAGAGCUUGAAAAGCCCCUCUCCUGGUGGCGAAAGAUAGUGGAUAUUUUGCUGAAAGCAAUAAUGAGAAUGAUGUGGCUUGCUGGUGGAUUCCACUGGAUAAAUGUCAAAGGCAGACGGGCAUUGCCAGCAGAAGCAGCAAUAUUAACGGUGGCUCCCCAUUCUUCCUACUUUGAUGCCAUUCCAGUAACUAUGACCUUCGCCUCCAUUGUGAUGAAAGCAGAAAGCAAAGAUAUUCCUGUUUGGGGAACUCUGAUCAAAUAUAUCCGACCAGUAUUUGUUUCUCGGUCAGACCAGGAUUCUCGCAGGAAAACUGUUGAAGAGAUAAAGAGGCGUGCUCAGUCUAAUGGUAAAUGGCCACAGAUAAUGAUAUUCCCCGAGGGCACUUGCACAAACCGAUCCUGUCUAAUUACAUUCAAACCUGGAGCAUUUAUUCCUGGGGUUCCUGUACAACCAGUGGUUUUACGUUAUCCAAACAAACUGGACACAAUCACAUGGACAUGGCAAGGGCCAGGAGCGUUUGAAAUUCUGUGGCUCACUUUAUGUCAAUUUCACAAUUCCGUGGAAAUUGAGUUUCUACCCGUGUAUACUCCUUCAGAAGAAGAAAGAAAAAAUCCAGUGUUAUACGCCAAUAACGUCAGACGUGUAAUGGCAGAGGCCUUGGGAGUUUCAGUGACAGACUACACAUUUGAAGACUGUCAGCUGGCUUUGGCUGAAGGACAGCUUCGUCUACCUUCAGAUACAUGUCUUUUAGAAUUUGCAAAGCUUGUGAGAAGCCUUGGGCUAAAGCCAGAAACACUUGAAGAUGAUCUUGAUAAAUAUGCUGCAAGUGUCAUGAAAAUGAAGAAAGAAAAGGUUGAUCUCAAAGAAUUUUCAGCCUACUUGGAAUUUCCAGUUUCUCAGACAUUAGAAAGUAUGUUUGCCCUUUUUGAUGAGAAGGAAGAUGGUGUAAUUGACAUUCGGGAAUUUGUCAUUGCUUUGUCAGUUGUCUGUAAGCCAUCCAAAACUCUGGAAACAAUUCAGUUGGCAUUUCAGCUGUACCAGUCAGAAGGAGGAACUGUAACAGAAGAGGAUUUAGCUUGUAUUCUGAAGACUGCCAUGGGUGUGUCACAAAUUGAUGUUACACAUCUUUUUAGAGCUGUAGAUGAAGAAGAAAAAGGAAAGAUUACAUAUGAUGACUUCUACACAUUUGCUGUGUUGCACCCACACUUUGCAGAAGAAUAUCUCUAUGCUGAUCAGAUGGGAGCUGAGAGCGGCUUGGAGACUUCAUCUCUUUCUGCUCCUAAUGGUAUCUGUACUGACUUCAGCCCUGACAGCAGUGGAGAUCGAAGAAAGCCCUUGCAGAAGAAACUGAAUUAACACUACAACUGUUACCUUCCUCUCCUGGUGAGAGGGUUGUGUUUUCUUGGGAUUUUCAUAAGUCACUCCAAUUAUACAGCAAAUACCAGUUUUGUGUGUGAAAGUUCUACCUGAAUACCAUCUUUAAAUCAUAUGUGCUAUAUUUAACAACAUGUUCCAGGUUACUUUGGGAAAGGUGGUUUUUUU